CCUACCAUCGAAAUUUGACUUUGCAAAGUAUAUAAUUCUGUCCAUUUCGAGGACCUGCUUAAAGCCAUAUGAAACUUUGACUUAUGGGCGUUCUGAAGAUCAUCUCCUUCGCACUGCUUCUUUUUCAGGCAAUCCAUGCAGGAAAAGAUUGUCCAUCUCAAUUAUGUGGAGAGAAUCCAUUCGUAGUACGAUUUCCUUUCCGGUUAGAGGGCCAGCAACUGCAAAACUGUGGCUACCCUGGCUUUGACCUGAGUUGCACUAGCCAGAAACCUCAAGUGGUGGUACUGAAUCUUCCCCAUUCUGGAGAUUUUUGGGUUCGUAAUAUCAACUAUCUCAUGCAAGAAAUCCAACUCUAUGAUCCAAAUGGAUGCCUUCCUAGACGACUUUUGAGCUUGAACCUUUCCUCCUCUCCUUUUAUGGCUGGUUACUCUCAAAAUUUCACCUUUCUCAUCUGUCCAACGGACUCUGUGAGGACUCAUCUGGCCAUCAUUGAUUGCCUUAGCAACUCCACCGUGUCAAUCUUAGCAACUUCCUCAAUGAAUCUUGCAAGAGCUAUGAACAUGUGCAGUAUUCUUGUUACUUUGCCGAUCCCAGUUCCAUGGCCGCAAGACGAUGACUGGCUUUCAUCCAACCUUGAUGCAGAUCUUCGACUGUCAUGGAAUAUCCCCAGCUGUGGAGGAUGUGAAGCAAGGGGAGGUAUUUGUGGGUUUGAGAACAGCACGAAUGGCCAGAUUUUGUGUUUCACUAACCCUGAAUCAGGUAAAUCUCGUGGUCUGCAGGUCUUCAAAAUUAUUUCGUUAUCCAUAGUCAUACCGGCUGUCGUAUGUUCGAUUUGCAUUGCUUGCUUCACAUGUAUGGUAAGAAGGAGAUCGGCCCAAAAUUCAGCCGCAGCAGCAGUGGGACCACCACCACCACAUGUUGAAAUAGCAGGGCUCGAUGAAUCAACCAUUGAGUCCUACACGAAAGUAGUUCUUGGUGAAAGCCGACGCCUUCCAGGGCCUAAUGGUGCAACUUGCCCCAUAUGCCUGGUUGACUACUAUCCAAAUGAUACACUAAGGUGCAUACCACUGUGUGAACAUUGUUUCCAUUCUGACUGCAUUGAUGAGUGGUUGAGAAUGAACAGCACGUGCCCCGUUUGUAGGAAUUCACCAUCCCCUGCUCGAGCAAAUACAUGACAGUAUUAGACAAUUUUUUGGUUUAAUUUAACUCGGUACACCAUAAUUCUCUUGUACAGACAGGGAAAUUGUAGUCUACAGUUACAUGAGACCAUCAACUUCUCAUACUAUUGAUAGACACAGAUGCGACAAGUAGAUAUGAUGGGAGUGAAAAAUCAUUAGAACUUUGUAAAGACAUGAAACUUUGUCAAAAGUGCAAGGCCACAAAUUUCAUACAUGAACGCACUUUUUUACAAUUUGGACUGAAGAAUGUUAAAGACAAUACAGACUGUAAAUUCAAGUUAGCUACUAGAUGAACUAUAUGUAUUUGUUGAAUUAUCAGUGCCAAGUAACUG